UCAAAAUUCCAGUACAAAUGGGAUGAAAUGGCUUCAAUGAAUCCAGAACCGGAAGCAACUGGCGAAGAUUCGAAAGCCAGAGAACCCAAACCCGAAUUUGAGUCUUCAAACACCUUCACAAAAUGUGGCUUGGAGAAGAAAUGUGAAGCACCUGAAACAAAAGUGCCAGGAAAGUGCAGAAAAAUUCUUGUUUGGAUAAGGGAGAAACUAUUUCUGAUAAAAAAAGUUGUAGAGGAUAAAUGGGUACAACUUCAGCACAGUUGCGGCCCCGAUUCAGAAAGAACAAAGAUUUACCAAAUUUGGCCAGGGAAAAAUGUAUUUUUCUUCGGAGGGCGACUCAUCUGUGGCCCAGAUCCAAGAGGAUUGCUCUUGACAACCAGUUCAAUCAUUCUUUCAAGUUGGAUUUUCGCCGUCUACAUUGGAGAUGAUUUACCGAAUCACUCCACUCUCAUAAUCACUUUCUCCCUGAUUCUAACUUUAGUAGUUCUGGGAAACAUGAUCUUGGUCAGCACAAUGGAUCCAGGAAUCAUUCCCAGGAAUGAGCAGGCUUGUGUGGAAGAAGUGGAUAUCACAAAGAAGUGUGUGAAGGUUAAUGGGGUGGAGCUCAAACUCAAAUACUGUCGAAUUUGCAAGAUUUUUAGGCCACCAAGGAGCUGUCACUGUGCUGUUUGCGACAACUGUGUCGAGAAAUUCGAUCAUCACUGCCCAUGGAUCGGCCAGUGUGUUGGCCUGCGAAACUAUCGAUUCUACCUCAUGUUCAUGGCUUCAGCCUUGUGUUUUUGCAUCUACCUAUUCGCCUUUUCUUGCCGGAGAAUGCACCAAAAACUACAACAGAGUGGCAUUGGGCUACUGGGAGUGCUUAGAAACUGCCCAGAAACGCUGGCCUUGGCGUCGUUUCUCUUCGCAAGCAUCGGGUUUUUAGGUGGCCUUCUCAGCUUUCACAUCUAUCUCAUCGCCAUCAAUCAGACAGCGUAUGAGAAUUUCAGGCAGCGAUACUCGGGCACCAGAAUUAAUCCAUUCGAUAAAGGAUUAUUAGGUAAUAUUAAAGAAGUUUUGUUUCCACCAUUUCAAUCUUCUCGAGUAGAUUUUCGAGCUGAAGUGGUUUGAUCUACAUGUAAAUGUGUAGAUGUAUGUGGUAUACAGAUUUGGAAGUAAAUAAUA